GAGGAUAUAUAUAUAUAUAUAUAUAUUUUCCCGCCGUGAAACGUCGGUCGGUAAAAUUGAUCGGGAGAUCCGAUCGGGGCUGUUUUGAUUACUGAGCGGGUCCUUGAUUUCAUAAGACCAUGGCUACCGAUUCACCAGGCGACGUUCGCAAAGAUGGUUUUGGAAUAUGGGUUUCAAUCUUUCUGCAGUGGUUGUUCAUCUGAGAGCCACCGGUGAUGCUCCUAUACUCAAGCAAGCGAAAUUUAAGAUUGCUGGGACUGAUAAAUUUGCUAAAGUGAUCGACUUUCUUCGCCGGCAACUCCACAGGGAGACACUGUUUGUGUAUGUGAAUAGUGCCUUCUCACCAAACCCAGACGAAUCAGUUAUUGACUUGUAUAAUAAUUUUGGGAUCGAUGGCAAAUUGGUGGUCAACUACGCAUGUUCCAUGGCAUGGGGCUAAUUCUCAAUGAUGGCUACUGAUUUGUAAACGAGUCCAUACUCGUGAGUACAUAAUGUUUGCUUUAAUUUUUGGAUUUUUGGAAAUCUACUGCUUAGCAUGCUGGAAUGCAAGUUGUUCAUUCUUUAGCCA